AUGGACGACAAUACACCCAUUGCCAAUUUCUUGAACAGCUUUGUUGACGAGGGGAAAACGAGACAGGAUCAGGCGACGGCGGUUACCAAGAUAUUCAUUGAUCAGUGGAUUACUACUCUUGGCGACUGUAAGAAAUUCACUGUCGAGGACUUGAAAGAAUGGAAAGUACCUGCAAUGGUCGUGAAGGGAUUAGACGAACAAGGGUUUUUAAAGCCCUCCACAGAAAAGGCGAUAAACGAUAUUUCUGCUGAAAUAGUAAAAAAAUUAGUUCAAACUCCCAACCGACUUCCCAACAAGUCUGACUUACCAAAUUUCCUUAAUGAAAAUCCUCCAAUAAGAAUACCACUUGCCCCUGUUCAUUUUUCACAAUUUAAUACUAGUUUGGGUGGCAUAACUGAAGAAGAACGAGACACAUACUUUAUAUUAAGUAUGGAGGCAGAAUGUACAUCACUUUACUCAAGACUUUUAGGACAGUUAAUUUAUCCUCCUUCAUAUGGAAAUACUGAAGACUCAUAUCAUUGUUUGUGGGACAGCAUUAUUAAAAAUACAAUAGAGACAUUUGGAAUGCAUAGUUUUAGUAUGUCAGUAUUGGAAUUUGAUUGUAAUACUAGCAAACGGACUUCAACAGGCAGCAAUUGUCCAGACAUGGUUGUCUUAGUGAGAAAUGUUUGUCCCCUACGAGGUGAAGAAAAGUCCCAAGAAGAUGCAGGAGACCCAUCACGAGAAUUAGUUGAUAAAUUCAAGGACUGGACCUAUGGAGAUACUCCAUACAUUUUUGCAUACUAUGCUAUUGGUGUGCUAGUCACAUUUGUUACAUUGCAUAAGGCAGAAAAUAUGUUGAACAAGAAAAGAAAAUCGAGUGUUUAUUCUGAACGGAUAGCAGAAUUUAAUUUAAGCCAUUUGUCAGAUAGAAUUCGCAUUAUGAAUUUUCUUCGGAAUAUUUGUCGGAUAUUACCUAUUAUAGUGAAUUUGUGCCCACCAAGAGAUUUGCCAGAAUUUCAGACCAUAACCCGAUCAAAUGGAACUGUUAUUGAGCUUGGAUAUGCAGUUAAGAAAAGAUUUGCAGAUGAAAAGCGA